UGCUCCCAUCCUAUGGCCAACAUCCACAAUGCAUACCAAGAGGCCCUCCAGGGAUACCAAGAAGGUGGAAUUCCAAUUGGCUCGAUCCUCGUGGAUGGUAGUGGCCAGAUUAUCGGACGUGGUCACAACCAGCGAAUUCAACGCGGUUCCGCAACAUUACAUGCAGAAAUCUCAGCCCUCGAAGACGCCGGACGGCUGAAAGCGAGUGUAUAUCGCGACUGCACAUUGUAUACGACUUUAAGUCCUUGCAGCAUGUGUACUGGCGCUAUUCUGCUCUACAAGAUUCCUCGCGUAGUGGUCGGAGAAAAUAUCAACUUUCUUGGCAGCGAAGAUCUUUUGCGCUCACAAGGCGUGGAAGUGACCGUCGUGGACGACGAAGAAUGUAAAGAACUGAUGAGUAAGUUCAUUCGGGAGCGGCCAGAGGAAUGGAACGAAGACAUCGGAGAAUGA